CCCCCCCCGGGGGAGCUGACGCCAGCUGACACUGAAUAAACAAGGUAAGAGCCCAGCUGACACACAUGCACACAGGCUCAGCUGUUUGUCUCAAAGGAGAGUUGGGCAUGUGAAGAGCACGGAGAGCCAGGAAAUGAAGGAGGACUGCCAGAUUCGAGCCUCCCGGGGAGAAAACGUAGUGAAAGAUGGAUAGACGGAGGGUGCGAGAGCGUGCGCACUAUAGGUGUGCAAUGGGUAUAAGCUCUGAGUUGCAUCAUGGCGGAGGAGAGCCAGGAGACAGAUGACCCCAGAUCCACCAUGCCGGCUGAGCUCCACCACCCCCACUCUCAGUACUCUCAGUGGAAGUUCAAACUGUUUAGGGUGAAGUCCAUGGAAAAGGCACCUCUGCCCAGUGAGACGCAGCCUGAGAGUGGAGCCUUGUUAGGGAUCUCACCUCCCGCGGCUUCUGAUGUAGAGUUAGGUAAUGGUGUGGGUCCAGGGAGUGUUAUGAAAUUGUGCCUUGGGGGAAAGAGCAAGGAAAAUGUGGAGGGCCCGGGCCGGAGGGUGGAUAUCAAGCUGCAGGAAAUGGAGACCCACAUGGACCACCUCAGGUGCUUGUGCCGUCUCUGUGGGAUGGUGCUGAGAAAGGUCAAAGGCCCAGUGCACGUCGUUCACGGAGAUCUGGAUGAGACGAGCAGAGUCGCCCUGCGCAAAAUGGGCUGCAGGUUUACAAGCUGGCCGGAGGUCAUCCUCAAAGUCUUCAAAGUGGACGUGACCGAGGACACAGAAGCUCUCCACCCUCUGUCCUUCUGCCAUCGCUGUUGGAUGGUUGCCAUACGAGGAGGGGGCGUCUGCAGCUUCUCCAGAACAAGAGUCCCCGAGUGGAAGCCCCACUCCGCCCUCUGUCACCUCUGCUACCCCAGAAAGACCUCCUUCCAGCGGAGCGGCAGGAAGAGGCGGAGAGCCAUUCACCGAGCGCAGAGCCUGGCGAAAAGGACCAGGUGGGACAACGGUGACAGCACUGGUGAAAGGAGAGCUCUGAGACGCCCUGUGAUCCGGACCUGGAGGAAGCCCAGCACCCAGCGAGAGCAGUGGGUGAGGAACAUCACCCACUGCCAGAAAGACCACCUGAGCAUCAAGCAGAUCUCCGAGAAGCUUCCUGUUGACUUCCUCUUUUCUUUCACCUGCCUGGUUUGUGACCACCUGCUCUCCGAUCCAGUCCAGUCCCCCUGUGGGCACCUCUUCUGCCGGAGCUGUUUCAUAAAAUACAGCUACGUUCUCGGACCUCACUGCCCGGCCUGCAACUUGCGCUGCACCGCUGAUGAUCUCUCCACGCCUGCCAAACCCUUCCUAUCUGCCCUCCAAUCCCUGCCUCUGCUCUGCCCCAGGAGUGGCUGCGACAAGCAGGUGAGGCUCGACUCCUUCAAAGAUCACUGUCUGGACCAUGAUGCGGACGAACAGGACGCGUACAAGCAGUCAUCGCAACUCGACAGCUACUUGCUCACCAAUAAAGGAGGGAGGCCCCGUCAGCACUUGCUAUCCCUAACACGGCGCGCCCAGAAGCAUCGCCUGAAGGACCUGAAGAACCAGGUGAAGGUGUUCGCGGACAAAGAGGAAGGCGGCGACCUGAAGUCCGUGUGUAUGACCCUGUUUCUGCUCGCACUGCGAUCUGGAAAUGAACACCGGCAGGCGGAUGAGCUAGAGGCCAUCAUGCGAGGCAGAGGCUCUGGGUUGCAUCCUGCUGUGUGCCUGGCCAUUCGGGUCAACACUUUCCUGAGUUGCAGCCAGUAUCACAAGAUGUACCGGACUGUCAAAGCCACCAGCGGCCGACAAAUUUUCCAGCCUCUGCACACGCUGCGAGCUGCAGAAAAGGAGCUUCUCCCCGGCUUUCACCAGUUUGAAUGGCAGCCAGCUCUCAAGAAUGUGUCUACGUCUUGCGAUGUUGGCAUUAUUAAUGGGCUCUCUGGAUGGGCUUCCUCAGUGGAUGAGACCCCGGCUGACACCAUCACUCGGCGCUUUCGCUAUGAUGUGGCACUGGUGUCAGCAUUAAAGGAUCUAGAGGAGGACAUCAUGGAUGGGCUGAGAGAGAAUGGGAUGGAAGACAGCGCCUGCACCUCAGGCUUCAGAGUCAUGAUCAAGGAGUCUUGUGACGGCAUGGGCGAUGUCAGCGAGAAGCACGGCGGAGGACCAGCUGUUCCCGAGAAGGCUGUACGCUUCUCUUUCACCAUUAUGUCUGUUUCUGUCCUGGCAGACGGCGAGGAGAAAGAGGUUACUAUCUUCACGGAGCCAAAGCCGAACUCAGAACUGUCCUGUAAGCCCCUUUGCCUGAUGUUUGUGGAUGAGUCAGACCAUGAGACGCUCACAGCCAUCCUGUGGCCUGUAGUUGCAGAGCGGAAAGCAAUGAAAGAGAGCAGGCUGAUCCUGUCCAUCGGUGGACUUGCUCGCUCCUUCCGCUUUCACUUCAGAGGCACCGGAUACGAUGAGAAGAUGGUGCGUGAGAUGGAGGGCCUCGAGGCCUCGGGGUCCACCUAUGUCUGCACUCUUUGCGACUCCAGUCGGGCGGAGGCGUCUGAAAACAUGGUACUGCACUCCAUCACCCGCAAUCAUGACGAGAACUUGGAACGUUACGAAAUCUGGAGGACCAACCCUUUUUCUGAGUCUGCAGAUGAGCUGCGAGACAGAGUCAAAGGGGUCUCGGCCAAGCCCUUCAUGGAGACCCAUCCCACGCUGGAUGCGCUGCACUGUGACAUCGGCAACGCCACCGAGUUCUACAAAAUCUUCCAGGACGAGAUCGGGGAGGUGUUCCAGAGGCCCAACCCCAGCCGGGAGGAACGGCGCAGCUGGAGGGCGGCCCUCGAUAAACAGCUGAGGAAGAAAAUGAAGCUUAAACCGGUCAUGAGGAUGAAUGGGAACUAUGCCCGCAAGCUAAUGACCGAGGAGGCCGUGGAGGUGGUGUGUGAGCUGGUGCCCUCAGAGGAGAGGAGGGAGGCCCUGAGGGAGCUCAUGAGGCUCUAUCUCCAGAUGAAGCCCGUGUGGCGAGCCAGCUGCCCAGCUAAAGAGUGCCCCGACCAGCUGUGCCGCUACAGCUUCAACUCCCAGCGCUUUGCUGACCUCCUCUCCUCCACCUUCAAAUAUAGGUACAACGGAAAGAUAACCAAUUACCUGCACAAGACCCUGGCCCACGUCCCUGAAAUCAUAGAGAGAGACGGAUCCAUCGGUGCCUGGGCCAGUGAGGGGAACGAGUCGGCAAACAAGCUGUUCAGGCGUUUCCGGAAGAUGAAUGCACGUCAGUCGAAGGCCUUUGAGCUGGAGGACGUGCUGAAGCACCACUGGCUCUACACGUCCAAGUCCUUGCAGAAGUUUAUGGAGGCUCACAAAGACUCUGCCAAAGCCCUGCAAGCUACGAUCGAACCAGUAGAGACCCCGGACGACGAUGACAUGAUUCUGGAAGAUAAUGAGUUUUGAUUAGUCUUUUAAUGUGAACAUUAACAUUUUAUUGAUUUCAAAAUAGUUGUAUUAUAUUUUAAUUGCCUUGUUCAGUAAUAUGGACUUCAUUUAUGUCUGUGAUCGACGGUGAGCAUAUAAAAGGGACCGGAGCCAACCUCAUAAUACUUUGCAAAUUUAAACAUCAUCAUCAUCAUAGUGCGUUUUUUUAAAGCCAAUUUCCUGCUUUAAGACACGUUUUAUUUCUACCUUAUUUCUGAAAUUUAAGGGAAAAAAUGUUAUUGCACCAUGUUUUUUUUAAAUGUGUGUUUCACUUGCAUUAGCUUGCUCUUCUUGACAUAAACAUUUGCCUCGCCCUGCUUUUCUAGCUGUUCAUUCUGUCUGCAAAGACAAGACAGCAGUGGAACAUGGAGGUAACACACACACAGGUUUCUUUACUCUUGCCUUAAGCAGGGAAGUUCUUUUUUUAUCACCGCCGUCUGUGAAAUAUGGCGCAGUUUAUUGUAUUGCGGGGCUAUGACACAUUUAUGAAUUUAUAUAGAGAGGAUAUUUAUGGAAACAGAUGAAAGCGCUGUAAGUCAUGGAGGGAAAUUGUGUUAAAAAGACCACAUUUGUGGCCACUGUAUUAAUAUAUCAUUUGAGCUGGAGCAAAAUGCAAUCAUAGAGACCCAAAUGUUCUUUGUUUCAUGAGUGCCCUCUGAAAAAGAUUACUUUAGUGCUUUAUCUUGGGGAUCCCUGAGGGGCAGGAUAGAUGCCAGGUCACUUUGAACCAAUUUUUAUCUCUUUUAGUUUUUGCACAGUGGAGAAUAGAUGAUGCUUAUUCGAACUCGGCACAUAAAAUAAAGCAUAUACUGACCUUCCUGUUGAUAUCAUAAAAAUACAGUAUGGUCCAUUACGAUGCCUAAUACCCCAUAGACUCUCUAGCAGGCAGGGAUUUGUCUUAAGUUCUGUAUAUAACCUGCCUCUUUCUCCCUCCGCUGAUAUUUCUCGGUCGCCCCGGCUGACAGAGGAGAGGGAUGAGCCGCAGCCGGCGAGACCUGAUGUAAACUGAUUUGUCGGCAACUUUAUUUGUUUGAUUGAUUGAUUAUAUUUUCCCUUUCUGCCCUCACAGUUUUCGAAUUGUGACAGGCAAUUUUGUUUUCUUACUUGAUUGAAUGUUUGAUUUUGCUUUACUGUCACGAGUUUAACCACAUGACAGCUACGAGAUAUUCACUUUUCAUUUGAUGGUUGUCACCGUCCCCACAGCAACAUCUUGUCUUAGAAGUGCAUUAUACUGAAACACGCCUCAUAUUUGUUUUUUUUUUUGUUUUGUUGCUGUAAUGAAUUGCAUUUCCAAAGUUACGGAUGAUGGAUGAUUCACUGAAUCCUACUUGUUCACUUUUUCACUGUGUAUUUCCUCAUGUUUUGUUUCCACAUCACACUAAAUAUCAAGAACACUGUUUACUGGGGUAACAGAAGACUUUCACAAGUACAGUAUUUCACUGAAGUUCCACUACUUUGUAUUUUUUCUAUUGGUUUUUAAAAGUUGUACAUUAUUCAGAUAUACAUCCGCUGUCUUUUUUUUUGUCUUUUUUUCCUGAAACUGACAA